AUGAAGAGCUCCAACUGUGAGUCAGGGAUUAUUGAGAGAAAGAAGAGGGCAGGCAUUUUCUUCCUCCUCCUCCUCCUCCUCCUCCUCCUCUCUGUUUCGUCCUCCUCCUUUGAAAGUUCAGGUGGGUUCUGCCUUAACGGAGGCACCUCUGUCCCAUCCUUGACUACCGGUGAACACAUGUUUUGUUUGUGUGCUGACGCUUUUGAGGGGAAACACUGUGAAACAGCGAAACGUGGCCACUGCUACGAGGGUGUAGGGCUGUUCUACAGAGGCACAGUGUCUAAAACAGAGAGUGGGCGAACAUGUGAGGCGUGGGAUUUGAACACCAGGGAGCAGUUCAUGUCUUCAGAUGUCAAUUCAGGGAGGCACAACUACUGCAGAAAUCCUUCCUUCAGACGGCGUCCGUGGUGUUACGUUUGGAAAAACCAGCAGCUGGGGUGGGAGUAUUGUGCUAUUCCACGUUGUAGCUUUGAUUCAUCUCCGGCCCCGCCCGCACCUGCGCCCACGGAGCCGCAGCCAGCUGCAGAGCUCACGUGUGGCCAGCGCACCAGGAGAAAGCAGAUGAAGAUCGUCGGUGGAACAGUUGCCACUGUUGAAUCCCACCCGUGGGUUGCUGCCAUAUUUUGGCACAGCAAAUCCAAGGAGGUGUUCCGCUGCGGGGGGAGUCUGAUCUCAGCCUGCUGGGUCCUCACAGCUGCCCACUGCUUUCCCGACGGCUCCCACACCGAAGGGCAGCGCUUCUCUGUCGUCCUGGGGAAAAAUGCUCUGAAUGACAGCGACCCGGCGGUGGAGCAGACUUUCAGGGUGGAGGAAGUCAUCGUCCAUGCGGGGUUUGACAACAGCCAGGGGGACUUCAACAAUGACAUCGCCCUGCUGAAGCUGAAGGCCCAGCGUGGGAAGUGCGCAGAGGAGAGCAGCUCGGUGAAGACUGUCUGCCUGCCGCCGCCUCAGGACAGCCUGCAGCCGGGGCUCACCUGUGAGAUCGCCGGAUAUGGAAAGGAGAAACACGGUUUGUGGUACAGGUCUCAGUACCUCAGAGAGGCUCAGGUGAUCCUUCUCGCUGACGAUGUGUGUCGACACGAGGACUAUUAUGAAAAUAUGAUCACUGACAACAUGUUUUGUGCCGGUCGCCCCGACUGGAGCCAGGAUGCCUGCGAGGGAGACUCGGGAGGGCCUCUGGUGUGCGAGGUCGACAACAGGCUCUUCCAGUUUGGCGUGAUCAGCUGGGGCGAAGGCUGCGCGAAGGAGUUUCGACCCGGCGUUUACACCAGAGUGACCAAUUACAACCAAUGGAUAGAAGAGAAGACGGGGCUGUCAUCCAUCGCUGCUGCUGGCACCACGCUGCCUCUGAAGUGACCCCAAGACAGGAACCGUUACAGGAGAAAGAUGGCAAUAUGUUUUUAUUUUUCUUAACAAAUCCCAUGAAAAGACCAAAACCAACAAUGAAUUGAUCCGACUAACAAGUAGGAUCAAUCAUUUUUGUGUAUCUAAGACCUGAUGUAUCUUAUUCCUCUGUGCCAUCGAGCUCCAUUGGUGUCCAAAAACUGUUAACAAGACUGCAGCCAUGCUAGCAGCUCUGUGAGGCUGUACUUCAGAGGUAGAUACUAACGUCAAUGCUAAAAUGUUCACAGUGACAAUGCUAACAUGCUGAUGUUUGGCAGGUAUCGUGUUUACCCUUAGCACUAUCUUAGUUUAGCGUGUUAGCAUGCUAACAUGUGUUAAUAAGCAGUAAACACAAAGUACAGCUGAGGCUGGUUUUAGUUUUGCGGGUAUUUGUUCAUAAACCAAAGCACUGGACAAAUGAGACAUUUCACUUAGAGCCGGAAAUGUCAACCUGCCGGUGGCACGAGAUGAAAAGCGAUGAGCUCACAAAGCUAUUAGGAUACAUCAUCGGGGAACCACGAAUGUCUGUACAAACUUUCAUGGCAAUCCAUCAAGUGGUUGUUGCAGAAAUAAUGUAAAAUGUACACGAUUUUACUUAAAUAGCUAAAACUUGCAAAAACACUAUUAUGGUCCUUUUACCUAUUUUUCAAGCUUUGUUUUUUUAUACUGAAAUUUCAUUUCAAUACGUACAAUAUAGCUUUGUCUCUGCUGUGUCAGGGUAUUUCAUACUGAUACAGUAGUUCUAUGGUAUUUGGUAAUUGGGUACUACUGGUAUAGAUAUUUUUCAGAUAUAGGAUUUAUUUUUAUAUAUUUUUUUUUAGAUUAUCUUUGUAGAUUUUCUUCACAAAGUUUUUUCAGAGAUGUUUUUGUUCACAUUGUCAUGGUUUUGGGUUUGUGUUCUGUUAUUUCCUGUUUUAUUUUGGUAAGAGUUCUCCCUCAUGUGUCUGGGGUAGUUUUACUUCCUGCUUGUGAUUAGUUUGCUUGCCCUCAUUGGUUCCACCUGUGUCUCGCUGUCUCCCCUACCUGAGUGUAUUUAGUCUCCCUUUGUUCGGUGUCACGUCAGCGUUGAACCAGGUGUCAAGCGUCCCGGCCUUUGCUGCUCGUGUUUUCUUGGACGUUUUCUUGUCUUGUGAAUUUUGGAUUUAGUCUUCUACCUGUUGGACUCUAUUCUAUCAGAAUCAGAAAUACUUUAUUGAUCCCCGAAGGGAAACUCUUUGUUACAGCAGCUCGCCUUUACGUCAGUGCACACAGGAGAAAGUACUAGCAAAAAAUAUAAUACAAUACACUAUAAAAACACUAUAAAAACAGGUCAGAAAAUAAAUAAGUACCAGGUGGGUAUAAGUAUAAGUAUAAGAUAAAAUAAGUUGCCUCUUCAUCUGCUGUCCUGGUUGGUUCAUCUCUGCCUGCCUUAAUUAAAAAGCAAUUGUGAACUUUAUUAAAUCAUCUAUCUGCACCA